AUGAGCAUCUCGUGUCGCGCUGGAGCUAGAGCUAGAGCUAGAACUACUAGAGCUAAGGCUAGAGCUAGUGCUGGAGCUAGUGCUGGAGCUACAACUACUAUAGCUAAAGCUAAAGCUAGUGCUAAAGCUAGUGCUAGAGCUACAACUACUAUAGCUAGAACUACUAGAGCUAGAACUACUAGAGCUAGAAAUACCAGAGCUAGAACUACCAGAGCUAGAACUACCAGAGCUAGAACUACUAGAGCUAGAACUACUAGAACUAAAACUACUAGAUCCAGAACUACUAAAGCUAGAAUUACCAGAGCUACAACUACUAUAGCUAGAACUACUAGAGCUAGAACUACUAGAGCUAGAAUUACUAGAGCUAGAAUUACUAUAGCUAGAACUACUAUAUCUAGAACUAAGAGAAUUAGAUCUACUAUAGCUAAAACUACUAGAGCUAGAACUACUAGGGAUAGAGUUAGAACUAGAACUACAACUAAAGCUAGAACUAAUAGACCUAGAACUAGUAGAGCUAAAGAUAGAGCUAGAUCUAGAGCUUGA